AAAUUUUGCUAAUCAUAUGACCAAUGUUUUUCAUUUCGGUUACAAUCGUAAGACCAAAAUCUUCAUGAGAAAGAGGUUGGUGUGCAAAAAUAUUUCUCAUAAAAACUGCCUGCUCUCCCACAAACCAUACAAUUUUUCCUUCUCCUAGCAAUUUAGACAUGAUCAAUAUGUGUCAUUUUGGCAGAAAGGUCAAUAAACUUCCAACUUCCUCGCAGUCAACUUCGUUCAUUCCAUAACAAACUUUAGGACACAACACACAUCCCCCUCCCUCUCCUCUCUCUCUCUCUCUCUCUCUCUCUCUCUCUGAUCCGAACAAUUUUGAAAGGAAACCAUCUUUCUGCCACCUCCUUUCUUGAAACCAAACUCAACAGAAAUGGGAGGUAGCAGCACCAACAGCAACCACAAACUCCAAGACUCCGAAAAGAAAUCGUCACCUGCACUAGUGGCUCCUCCAAUGAUAGGCUUCAGAGCCACCCUCACUUGGGUUCUCCUCACCGUUUCUGUUCUCUAUGUCAUCUACUACUCCAACCGCCUUCUCUACGACCGCCAAGAUUGUCCAACCACCGCUGUAGAUCCCUCCACCGAACGGCACCUGGAAUCCAUCUCCAAUGCCACUACUUCGGCUGAUCUAAAACUCGGGGAGGACCACAAAGAAGGCGACGAAGAAUCCCCACAAGUGGCUGCACUUUAUCAAAAGCCUCGGGGAUACGACACGGAGCUUAAACACAUUAUGUUCGGGAUAGCUGCUUCCUCAAAUUUGUGGCAGAAGAGGAAGGAAUACAUCAAAGUUUGGUGGAGGCCUAACGAGACUAGAGGGGUAGUUUGGUUGGACAAAAGGGUAAGGACUAGAAGAAGUGAGGGGCUACCCGAGAUUCGGAUUUCAGGAGACACAAGCGGAUUUAAGUACACGAAUCGUCAGGGGCGGCGAUCUGCAUUGAGGAUUUCAAGGGUGGUUUCGGAGACAUUGAGGCUUGGAGUGAAAGAUGUGAGAUGGUUUGUGAUGGGGGAUGAUGACACGGUUUUCAUCGUGGAAAAUGUGGUGAGGAUUCUCAAAAAGUAUGACCACACGCAAUUUUAUUACGUGGGAAGCUCGUCGGAGAGUCAUAUUCAGAACAUAUUUUUCUCGUAUUCUAUGGCGUAUGGUGGAGGAGGUUUUGCUAUAAGUUACCCUUUGGCAGUGGAAUUGGAAAAGAUGCAGGACCGGUGCAUUCAGCGCUAUCCCGCAUUAUAUGGCAGUGAUGAUCGAAUGCAGGCUUGUAUGGCUGAACUAGGCGUGCCACUGACCAAGGAAACUGGAUUUCAUCAGUACGAUGUGUAUGGAGACCUACUAGGCCUUCUGAGUGCACAUCCUGUGACUCCUAUGGUGUCACUUCACCACCUUGAUGUAGUUGAACCAGUUUUCCCGCACAUGACUCGAGGGAAAGCGCUUCAUCAUCUAUUCCAAUCCGUCAAGCUCGACUCGGCUAGUAUAAUGCAGCAAUCAAUCUGCUACGAUAAAGAUCGAUACUGGUCCAUCUCUGUUUCAUGGGGCUAUGUAGUUCAAAUCAUUAGGGGAAUCAUGUCUCCAAGAGAACUAGAGACGCCCUCAAGAACCUUUCUGAAUUGGUAUAGAAGAGCUGAUUACACAGCAUAUGCAUUCAACACUAGGCCUGUGCCCAAGCACCCAUGUCAGAAACCCUUCAUUUUUUACUUGAGCUCAACGCGGUAUGAUCAAGGUGGAAAGAAAAUUAUUGGCUACUACACCCGUCACAAAUCUCCCAUUCCUCACUGCCGAUGGAAAAUGGCGUCACCAGAAGUAGUUGAUUCCAUCGUAGUCUUAAAAAGGCCGGAUCCUCUUCGUUGGGAAAAGUCACCGAGGAGAGAUUGUUGUAGAAUUCUUCCAUCGCAGAAGAACUCGACCAUGUACUUAUCGAUCGACAACUGCAGAGUAGGUGAGGUUAGUGAAUUGUAGAGGCUUGUAGGAAUAGGGAACAUCUCUCCUUGAUCUAUUUUUGUAUCUGGUUCUGUUUCCCGCGGUCUGAGAGUUUAGAGGGUUAUAGGAAUAAAAUCAAAUGGCAAGUUUUGAUGGGAAUAGAAUACGAAAAGGUCCCUUGUUAAAUUUAGCUUCAAUAGAAAGUUCAUAAAAUAUCA